UUACUUCAAUCAUUGAACCGGCCAGGCCCAGGAAUGCCAAUGCAGAAUAUGCAGAAUAAAAUGCCUGGAAUGGGAAUGAUGCCUGGACAGCCUGGUGGGCCAAUAGGACACAUGGCAGCAAUGCAGGGGUUGCAGGGCGGACCAAUGAUGUCUCAGAUGAAUCAAAUGGCCCAGGGGAAUAUGGCCGGGAUGAAUCAAAUUGGACCGGGUCAAAUGGGCCAGAUGGGACCUGGUCAAAUGCAGCAAAAUAUGCAGAAUCCCAUGCAGGGACAGCUACAGGGCCAAUUGCAGGGUCAGCUGCAGGGACAAAUGCCUAGUCAAAUGCAGGCACAAUUGGCUGGACAAAUGGGUGCUAUGGGACCUGGCAUGCAGGGAGCACCACAGCCUAUUGGGCAGAUGAAUCCUGGGCAGAUGGGACCUGGUCAGAUGCCACCACAGAUGGGUCACAUGCAGCGAAAGUCUGAAAUGUUAAAUACUGGUUUUCCCGGACCAAGAAAUGUUACACCUAAUCAAUUUUUGAGGCAGAGCCCAUCACCGUCAGCACCCAGUCCUGCUAGUCUUGGUGCACCUCAAAGUAAUCAGAUGGUAGCGUCACCUGCGCUUGUACCUUCACCGAGUCCUCAGCAUCCAAUGAUGGGACAACAACGUUCUGUGGGAAUGGCCCCAUCUCCAAGUAGUUCACUGAAUACCCCAGGUGGAGUUGGAGCCCCGAGUCCUCAGGAAGAGGCGGCAUACCGAGAAAAAAUUCGACACCUCAGUAGAUACGUUGAGCCCUUAAGAAGAAUGAUCACGAAAAUGGGUAAUGAGAAUAAUAUCGAUAAGAUGAGUAAAAUGAAGAAACUUCUGGAAAUUCUGUCAACUCCAUCGACUUCAUCGAAACGAGUACCACUCGAGACAAUACUCAAGUGCGAGGCUGCGUUGGAAAAAUUGGACCUGAAGAGGUCAGAGAACAGUGUUGGACCAGUAAGUACAUCGAUGAAGGAGCAUUAUUUCUUCAGUCCACUUCUGGAGGCUGUCAGCACGCAUCUGCAGAGCCCAGUUGUCAAUCACACGUUACAGAGGACAUUUGGUCCGUGUUUAGACGCUCUUUUCGGUCCAGAGAUAAAAGGUCUACCACCGCCAUUGAAGAGACAACGAGUGGAUGAAUCAGCAAGUGAAAUACCUGACGUUCUUCAGGGUGAAAUAGCUCGUUUGGAUCAAAGGUUCAAAGUCAGUCUUGAUCCAGCACAGCAGACAGGCUCGAAAUGCAUUCAAUUGAUCUGUUGGUUGGACGAUCGCCAUCUCCCAUGUGUGCCACCAGUCUCGGUGACGGUGCCAUCAGACUAUCCGCUAACUCCUCCAAGAUGUGUGAUGGCACCUCACGAGUACGCAACAGCAUUUCUCUGUGCAGUUCAGAAAGCUCUCAAUGCGAGAAUAACAAAAUUACCAAAACGUUUUUCGGUCUCACAAUUGUUGGACACCUGGGAGAUGAGCGUUCGCCAAGCCAGUGCACCCACACAGACAUCUGUCAAUGGUACCUCUGUACUAAUGGGGCUUUAGGUCAAUUGAAUCGUCUUCAUUAAUAUUUAUGAUAUCGUAAUUAUAUUUAUUGUCAAUCAUUGAAUGGGUGGAGUAAGGGAGUAAGUUCUGGAAUUAAGGCUGAGCGCUUCUCAUUAUUCAUGAAUGUUAUUUUGAGAGGACAUAUUCAUGCUCAAAUAAACUUACAACUUUCGAUAAGAAAAAUAUUCAAUGGUGUUGUCAAUGUUUCCGGACCAUGAAAUGAGAAGCGUUUGUGCAAAAUAUCUAGGAAUUGAAAAAAGAUUGUAAAUUUUUUAUGGCAAUCAAGAAAAUUCGAAAAAUACUUUGAUACUGUAAUCAUUACUAUAACUUUGUCCUCAUUCAACGAGAGAAAAAUUUAAAUUCUUUAACGGUAAUGGAUUUUUUUAUUUAUAAGGAUAACAUGCAUUUUCGUGUCGGUAUAUUUUUAUGUUGACUGUCAAUUUUGAAUGUUUUUUCGAAAAUUUUUUAUAGAGAAAUUCAGGAGUUAUUAAGAAUUUGAACAUCUCCGUUUCGUUUCAUUCCCUAGGUUAAACUAAUCAUGUCAUGUAGAAAAGUUUCGCAAUACAUUUUUCAAAUGAUUUUUCUUAUGGUUCAUCUAAUUUAUGUUGUAUGUGGGAUAAUGAAUGACAGAGGCAUUUAUGUCGAGUGAAGUGAUGGUGGGGUGAAGGAAUGUGUGGGUUUUACCUAACUGGACCUGAAUCACCGCGUCUCCUCGAAAUCGGCUUGACCGGCUUGGCUCAUCCCUUCAAUCCAUAUUUCUUUUAUCACUACAUCAUAAAAUAAGUGUAAUCUCUAAACAUCGAGUGUUCGUAAUUUUGUAAUCGAUGAUUUUUAUGAAUUUUGAGAAUCAGUGCACGAGUUCUGCAGUAUAUUUAUGUCGAGAACUAUGUGAGGCUUCUGCGAUCUCGAGUGUAAACAAAUAGAUCUAUCCCAUGCACGACUUCGUUCUGGCGGGAAGUUUUUAAAUAUGAAGGAACAAGUGAAUUUGC